UCUUGGCCUCUACUGCCGGGGAAUCCUACAGAGUAACCACGACAUGCCACUGUGUGUUAAUGUCAUGGGGAAAACCAAACAGAAGCCCAUCACAGACAACAGCAAAGAUGAAAACCCUCAGAACCAAGUGCUGUGUCAGCCCAAUCUAGUCUUCUUGGAAGCUCUGAGCUCCCAGUACCUGGGAGACUCUGGUCUGGAUAACUUCUUUCUGGACAUCGACACAUCGGCGGUGGAGAAGGAGCCUGCGCUGGCCCCAGCAGGGCCUCCUCACAACCGCUUCUGUGCCCCAGGGUCCUGGGAGUGGAAUGAACUCGAUCACAUUAUGGAAAUCAUUCUGGGAUCAUAACACUUCGGGGGGGGGCUCUUUCCUCAUUUCAGCCUCAGUGGGCUGGAUCCCUGGAUGCAACUCUGUGUGUGUGUGUUUGGGGGGGGGGGGGCUCUAAGCAGUGACCGUGGCCUCCUUUCCUCCCAGUUCAGGUUUCCACAAACCGUCUUGCAUGUGUGUGUGUGUGUCUGGUUGCCGGAGCCGUCUGUGAAAGUGGGUCUUCCUGAAUUAAUUUAU